AUGUCCCAGAAGGGAAAUUAUCCCGCACCUCCAAAGUAUCUCAACGACUUCAGCAAGGCCCUUGCGAGUGAAGUUCGUAUCCUCCUUGCUGAGGUUGGAAAGCUAAGAGAUGAGCGGCGACAACUGCAAUACGAGAUCGCUGAGCUCAUGGCCGUGAAAUCCAAGUUUGGUGGUGGAGGCGAGUAUAACUCGGAGUGGAUGCCCAAGCACGAAGAGCCUCCCGCGCCUGCGUCCCCUGCACCACCAACUGCGCCAAGUGUAAUUGACGACGGUGCUCCCGCUCGUCCCGCGUGGCGCACAGUGCAUCGACGGGAAGAGCGUCGUGCGAAAGCAAAGGCCAAGGCCCUCCCGGCGCCUGCUCCUGCCCCGCCCGCCAUUGCCGCAGCUCCGGAGCCCUCAAAUCUACCUGCCUGGGCACAGUGGAAGCCUAAUCCGUUGUUAUCUCCGGCGCCGAUCAUGGGCACGUCUUCUUCACCUCUGCCCGCUGACGUCCCGAUGCCGCGUUCCGGCCUGUUCGGUGCGUCGGCAUACACAGUAUUGGAUUCAUCAGCGCAUCUCACGUUUUCUGCAUGUUCACAACAGGCCCUCCGACGCCGCCACCCAAGUGAGCUUUCGACGCGCGGAAAUAUAUACAUUGGGCUCUCGUUGCGAUCGAUCACUCAGUUUCCACGGUUGGAGUCUUGUUCACCACGGGAAGGAUAUGUAUAUCCAUGA